AUGUGCAAAAACGGUCGUCUCAAACUUGCUACGAGGUUGAAUAGCGACCGUGUCAAGGCAUGGUACCUUUCUCACAUCGUUCACGCAGAAAGCCCCGGAAGCGAGAAGAUGCUCAGCCAUCGGGCGCCGCCUUGCAAAAGGCACCCCCGUGAAGGUGAAUUUAUGCCGGAGAUGCUCAGGCAUUGCUAUCUGGCACGAUACGAUGCUAUGCAGCGGCGCUGUGAAUGCCGGAUCAGCCCCGUGGGCCAGGAGGAGGUCAACGAGCACGACAUCCCCGAGUCGCGCGGCGCUGUUGAGCGCAUCUCCGCCUUGCCGAUUCAUUGGUGGAUUUCCUUCCUGCCUGUGAGACUCAGCGCCGAUGUUCGGGUCCGCGCCGUGUUCCAACAGGAGCUUGACGAGUUGUCGGUUGGCGAGGCACCCUUCGUAAGGCAGCGGCGUCCUGCCCUCAUCGUAUUGGCCCCGGCUCCAUGCCUGGUUAGGGUGCCAACCAAAGGCGAGAAAGACGUUGAGAAGAGCCAGAAGAUUGAUUUCCGGCUGAUACUCAUCAAAGAUGGCGUCGUCUCUUAUACUCGUGCCGUGUUCCAGAAGGUACUUCGCAACGGCUGGUUGAUUUCCAAACGAAGCUUGCUCGAGGGCGUAUUGACGCACAGCUUGGCUUGGUCUGUUUUGCUGCAUGAAAGCGUCGACUUCGUCAAGGAGGCCCAAUUCACAAGCCACGUAAAAGCGGAUCUCGUCGUCGUCUUGACUGAUGACGUCGGGCACAACACAGUAUUCUGGCCCCAAGGUAUCUGGCCCGACCCCAGCGACUAUGCCAACCAGCAGGACUUCAUGAUCCAGGAAAGUCGCAAGAUAAAAGACAAGAAGACUGGCUACGAGGCCAAGGAAGUCCUUCUUACCACCGAAGAUAUGGGCAACCAUCUAACCAGCCACAACUGGAUUUCCUUCAAGGAUAAUGUUGGGGCUCUCUCGGUCCGUGGCUUAUAUGGUUGUACGUCAGUGGUUGUCUUGUCUCAGAGGGGCGCAUGGGCUAGCCAUAUCUGGGAACCGGCCUUCUACCACGAACAAGAGGCUUUUUUUCUGGAUAGAGGUAUCACUGGUAUCCACAUGGGCGUCGGCUCCGAUCAUCCUUACGCAACGUUCAUGGAGUACGGCAUCGAUCAUCUCAUGAAAGAUCCAGAGGCAGGCGAUCACGGCGUUAUGUUUGGCGAUGGCACUCCCGCAGAUGCAACUCUCCCGAUCCAGGUCUUUUUGUUUGCGCCACGGCCCCGUCCAGAGGUAGGUCUACCGCAAGAUGUGCGACAAAACCCAAACUACCGAGAGGGAAGUCUCUUAUACGGUCAACGACUGGAAUACCUGCACAAAGACAUGAUGAAUACCUUCGCCAAGGUGAAAAUCGACGUCAUUGACUACGCUCCCCGUGUUCCUACCGAGAAGCAGGAUGCUGAAAAAUUGAUAAACCCCGUACGCGACAUAAUCGGUGACACGAGUAUCAGUUCACCGCGCGGAAAGCUGCUCAUACAGUACCAACCAGCACAAAGCUGCGCUGGACAGGCCAGUUGGCGUGUUUGGGUUGAGGAUAGGCCUCUUGAGGGCCGCACAUCCAGCUGGUACCCGGCGCAGAAUCAGAUUUUCCAAGGCCAAACUGCGCAGAGGCCAGCGGAAAAGCGACAGGUCUGCCCGGUCAGAUCCGCUGUCCCAUCCUCUGCCGAGCAUUCGCAGCAAAGCAAGCCAUCUGGUUCAGAGCAGACCAUGACAGCGCCAGGACCCGGUCAUUCAGGGACAACAGCUGCCACUACACAAGGGUCUACCACGGCAAUAUCGGAAACGGUUACUUCUGUGGACCCAUCUUCACUACAAGAGUCAACCGCGUCAGAAACACUGCCUCCAAAAGUCACCACAGCUGUUCCGCCGCCGCCAGCACCCACGACCAAAGCCCAACCUCCCCCCGCAGAGCCUACAGAACAGGUCAUCGUAGAGUACCUACUGGAGAAAGAGGCCCGGGUAUUACCAAAUCAACCCAUCAUUUCAAAGGGCCACUGGGUCAUGUUCUUAAAAAAGGUGGACGAUACCAGUCGCAGGGAGUGCGAUGACAGGAGAGUGGGGUAUAAGAAGGCCGACGACGACAUCAAGCUGGCCGACUCUUGGCCACCCACCAUCUUCGCACAAGAAGCCGAUUUCACGCCAAUUUUGAUUGCUGGCCGUAAAGACUGCAGAUGGUGGAUCGUAGGCCUCAUAUUCCACCGCUCAGAUAGUCUCGGUUGGUUGAAGCCUUCUCUGGUGUACUUGGCCAUCACCAUUCGAAUCAUCACCCUAUGGCUUCCUGCCGCUGCUGUCAUGACCCCUCUUCGUUUUGUAUGGGGGAACACCGCCGUCAAAGCAUACGACAUGACCCCGGAAAGGCUUCAUAAGCCUAUAGCUGCUGCAACUACCGUGGGAGUGUUCCUCGUCGGAACCAUGAUACCGGAAGAAGCGGGAGAAAACACGAGAGCCAGUCGAGCUAUCUCUCUCUUCGGCCUUGUGCUGCUCAUCGCUCUCCUUACUGCGACAUCUCGAGACUGGAAAAAGAUUGCAUGGCACAGUGUGAUAGGCGGCAUGCUUACUCAAUUUCUCAUUGCCGUCUUUGUCUUAAAGACUAGUGUUGGAUACGACAUUUUCGCCUUCAUAUCUGAAAUGGCAAGGACGCUACUCGAGUUCGCCAAAGAUGGCCUCAGGUUUCUUACAGACGAUGAAGUUCCGACGAAGACAUGGUUUCUCAUCAGUGUCGUGCCACCGAUCAUCUUCUUCAUCUCCUUGGUGCAGCUCUUAUACCACUGGGGUCUAUUGCAAUGGUUCAUCUGCAAGUUUGCCAUCUUCUUCUUCUGGACACUGCGAGUCUCAGGCGCUGAAGCGGUGGUGGCCACCGCGACCCCCUUCGUGGGGCAAGGAGAAUCAGCAAUGCUCAUCAAGCCCUUUAUCCCACAUCUGACGCUCGCUGAGAUCCAUCAAGUCAUGACUUGUGGCUUCGCGACGAUAGCUGGGUCGGUGCUGGUGGGGUACAUUAGUCUUGGACUCAACGCGCAAGUUCUCGUUUCUUCGUGCAUCAUGUCGAUACCAGCGAGCAUAGCGGUGUCGAAACUAAGAUACCCGGAAACCGAAGAGACAAUCAGCUCCGGCAAGAUCACUGUACCCGAGGACGAAGAGAAGGCCGCCAACGCACUGCAUGCAUUCGCCAACGGCGCCUGGCUGGGCCUCAAGGUAGCCGGCAUGAUAGUUGCGACGCUCCUCUGCGUGAUCUCGUUCGUUGCUUUGGUCAACGGGCUUCUUGGGUGGUGGGGGAAGUACUUGAACAUCAACAACCCCCCAUUGACUCUCGAGUUGAUUCUAGGCUACGUCUUUUACCCUGUAGCCUGGUGUUUGGGGGUUCCCAACAAGGACCUACUCAUUGUGGGUGAGCUCAUCGGCAUCAAGAUCAUCACGAACGAAUUCCUCGCCUUCAAAUCGCUUUCGAGCAAUACGGAACCUUACGUCUCUAUGUCACCCCGUUCAAAACUGAUAGCUACGUAUGCAUGUUGCGGCUUCGGAAAUGUUGGUGCUCUCGGAACCCAGAUAGGGGUCCUUUCUCAGAUUGCCCCAGGCCGUGCUGGCGACGUUUCCAAGGUGGCUGUGUCUGCUUUGUUUGCCGGGAUCUUGUCAACAUUGACAUCCGCCAGUGUUGCAGGAAUGCUGUACACUGGCUAG